UUUAAAGACCACGUUGACUUGGAUGACCAUCGUAAGCAUCACGGAAGCAAGAAUUUUCUUGGCUCCUUCCUUUUUAAACGCUAAAAUAAAACCAGCCCUCUUAUUUUUAGUCCCCUCAUUUUCAAACUACUCGUUCACACUUUACUGCUUAUUUCUCUUCAAAUAAUUGGGUUAUGUUCUCUUUUUUUCGUGAUUUUCUUUUUAAUAAAUUUUGGUUGGUCAUAUGACUUGUUGCCUGAGCUGCCGUGUUAGGACUUCUUUUAUAGAAUUCAACACCGUUCUUUCAUAAAUUUCAAGCAUUUUCCAGGUCUUUUUGGGGGCGUUGGAAUAAAAUAAUGGGUUUUUCUUUAAAUCCUUAAAUUUCGAUGCUUGUUCAAGUUCAAUAGCGAAUUUCCUGUCUUUCCAAACAAGACAAUUGAAGGUUGUGUUGGUAAUCUUUGAUUUGCUUGAUCAUAUCUAUCUCUUUCCUGCAUCCGGGUUCCCACUGUGGAAUUUGUUGUGUUUAAUCAUUUGAGAGCUAUGAAGUGUUUUACAUUCCCCAAUUGGUAUAAAAAAGAUGAACCAAAGACCCCCAGAUCACUUUCAAAUCGGUCUCUGAACUCCAUGUGCGCUGAUCGCGAAAUAGCAAGGUCUGGAUCUGAAUUGAACUCUCAGAAUGUCUCAGGUGUCAGCAGUGAGUCAAUGGGGCGGUCCUAUUUUCCUAGCAUGUCUCAAAGACCUAGCAAUCUCAGAGUGUUCACAGUUUCUGAGCUUAAAUCUGCAACCAAGAACUUUAGCCGCUCUUUCAUGCUCGGAGAGGGUGGAUUUGGCUGUGUUUACAAGGGUUCUCUCAAGAGUCCUGAAGAUCCGUCUGAAAAGAUCGAAGUAGCAGUGAAACAGCUUGGUAAAAGGGGGUUGCAGGGCCACAAGGAGUGGGUGACCGAAGUAAAUGUCCUUGGUGUGGUUGAGCAUGCGAAUCUUGUGAAGCUAGUUGGUUACUGUGCUGAAGACGAUGAAAGAGGAAUCCAACGGCUUUUGAUAUAUGAAUAUAUGCCUAAUAGAAGUGUGGAAAACCAUUUAUCUGUGCGGUCAGAAACAACUCUUUCCUGGGCAAUGAGAUUGAAAAUAGCCCAAGAUGCUGCUCGUGGGUUAGCAUACCUACAUGAAGGAAUGGAGUUCCAGAUCAUCUUCAGGGAUUUUAAAUCAUCAAAUAUCCUUCUAGAUGAGCAAUGGAAUGCAAAGCUCUCUGACUUUGGAUUAGCCAGGUUGGGCCCUUCAGAAGGAUUAACUCAUAUCUCAACAGCGGUUGUUGGGACAAUGGGAUAUGCGGCUCCUGAAUACAUCCAGACUGGACGUUUAACAUCCAAGAUUGAUGUGUGGAGCUAUGGGGUCUUCCUCUAUGAACUCAUUACUGGCAGGCGCCCCUUUGACAAAAACCGUCCCAAGAAUGAGCAAAGGCUAUUGGAAUGGGUAAAGCCAUACCUAUCUGAUAGGAAAUUCCAGUUGAUAUUGGACCCUAGACUGAAAGGGAAAUACCAACUCAAGUCUGCUCAAAGGCUUGUGGUUGUGGCCAACCGAUGCUUAGUCAGAAACCCAAAGUCACGCCCUAAGAUGAGUGAGGUUUUAGAAAUGGUGAAUCGGAUUGUGGAAGCAUCAUCAGCAGGACCCAGAACUCCUGAACCACCAUUGAAUGAUGUCUCUCUGGAAACUGCUAGGGAAAGUAAAAGAAGGAUUGUAGAUUUAAGAAGUGGCGAAAAGUUUAUUUGGUCAUGGACUCCAAAGCUCAUAAGAACAUGCUAACAGCAGGAACCCAUUGAACAUUAUCGUUUUGGUAUAAGUGGCUGGAAAUGGUGCUCAAAGAAGUAGAAUUUGAACCCAGAUUUAGGUUUGUUAGUUCUAAUCUCAACAUCUGCAAUCCAUUCUCCGAUUCUCGCACUGAGAUCUCUUUUGUACCAAAAAGAAAGAUCAGAAUUUGGGUGUUGGGUCUGAAUUCAUAUGGGUACUUAAGAGAAAACCCUUUUUUUUUUUUUUUUUCUCGGAAAGCUUAAUAGCAUGUAACAAGAAGCCUUGUAAUUUGUUCACAUCACUACCAGCCUCGUAUUUGUUAACAACAUUGUAUCUUUUUCAAGAAUCGGUGUUUCAUAUUUUAUCCUGUAAUAUGCUCACUCCUUUUAUUAUUAUUUUCAAAAGUUGAUCAGCUUACUACAAAAUAA